AACUUCUCCUCUUUUCACAAUUCGUGACUAUUCAUUCACUCCUAAAUCUCCAAUCUAGGGUUUCAGAUCCCAAUCCCCGCUCAAUCCCCUCCCUCAAUUUCCCCAAUUAGGGUUCCAUUUUCACCAUCUCUCACAUUUCUUGCCGCUCUUUUUCAUCCGAUUUCAAUCGAUUCAAGAAACUUUGCAUAAAAGGGUUUUUUUUAUUUUUUUUUAUUUUCAUUGAUUAAUUGUUCUGUUAACGAUAAAGUUUGAAUUUUUAUCGUUUUUCGGUUCUGGGUUUUGGAAUUGGUGGAUUAAUUUUGUGUGGGGUUCUUGUUUUUUGGGGGUUUUUGUUUCUUGAAUUUCUAGGUUUUUUGUGGGGUUUUUGAUAUGGCUAAUUCUGUUGCGGAAGAUGAUGUUGAUUACGAGAGUGAUCCUGAAGAGGCGCAAAGAUCACUUCUUACAAUGCGGAGACGCGAGGCUAGUGAUGAUGAAGAAGAAGAGGAAAGAGGGGUAGGAGAAAGAGAUGAUGAUGAUUCAGUUAAGAGUGAAGAUCUUCGUGUUAGGGUUCGUUCUGAUGAUUCAGAUGGUGAAGGUGGUGUUGCUGAUUAUGAUGAAGAUGAUGAGGAAGUUGAGGAAGAAGAAGAAUACGAGGAAGAAGAGUAUGAGGAGGGAGUUGAAGAAGAGGUUUAUGAGGAGAAAGGUGAAGGUGGGGUUGAUGGUUCAGUGAUUGUGGUUAAGGAAUCUGAAGGUGGUGUGGUACCCUCUUUGGAAGAAGAAGAUUCUGGUGAGGUUAAUUUGGAGGAGAAAAAGGAGAACGAACCAUUUGCUGUGCCCACUGCUGGUGCCUUUUACAUGCAUGAUGACCGUUUUAGGGACAAUUCUAAUGCCCGCCAAAGGAGGAUGCAUGGUGGAAGGAGAUUGUGGGAGUCCAAAGAUGACAAGAAAUGGGGACAUGAUAAAUUCGAGGAAAUUUCAGUGCAAGAUAGACGCUAUGAUGAGAGGAGACCUUCUAGGGGUAAUUUUCGAGGGCGCGGUAGAACUCGUGGCACUGGUCGUGGAGGACAUGUUCGUGGAAACAGAAGAGAAUACAAUGACAGAGAAUAUAACAACAGAGAAUAUAAUAACAGAGAAUAUAAUGAAGGUAGCAAUCAAAAUCAGGUGCCUAAGGUUGUCGUGAAAGGAAGAGGGCCUCGAAGGUAUGAACCUACUAACCGAAGGAAUGGUCCAGCUCCCCAGGUGCAAAAUAAACAAUCUAGGAAAUCUCAGGAUAAAACUUCACUUGCUAUUUCAGAGAGAAACUCCAUGCCAUCAUCCAAUGCAGAAUCUGACCCUGUGCCUGCUAAGAAAACUUCACAUGUUGCUUCAAAUUUGAACUAUGCAUCCCCUCCAUUUUACCCCUCUGGCUCUUCUAACAAAGACAUUAAUCUGCCACAAAAACGGGAUGUACAAAUUGGCAGCACCAGCAGGAACAUUCACCCUGUUAUGGAUGAGGGUUUUCCGGUUCAAAACAAUACAAUUCAUCGGGGAAAGAAUGUUGUUGAUUCCAUCAGCAUGGACAAGCUGUAUAUUGACCAGUCUGUUGGCCCAUCUGUUGGAAAGCCUUUGAACAAUGUUCAUUUGGCACCGCCUGGAUCUUCUGGUGUCCAUGUUUCUCAAUCUCCUUUUCCCAGGCCUGCUGGGCCUGGGAGAGGUGCACCAAUCCCAUUACAGAUGAAUUACCAACCUGUUCCCUCACAUACUCAAGUAAAUAAAGUUUCUCCAACACAACUGCAGGCUAUUCAGAGAAGUUCUGCACCAGGGCGAACUUUAACAUCUGUGCAAGCUACUGCCGCACAGAUGGGCCAUCGACCUGGUAGUGGAUCUCAGUCUUCAUCUCCUCCAAAAAGAUCUGCAUCAAUUAAUUCACUUGAUUCUGGAGAAACAGAUGCGGCCUCAGAAUCAGGUAAAGCCAAAGGUGCAUUGGUGGGGAAGGGAAAGGGAGCUCCCCAGGGUCCUGGAAGGGGACCUUUUGUUUAUGGUGGGGCACAGGUAAUGGGUGCUGCUGGAAAUAUGGGCAUCAGUCAAGGAGAUCCAAACUUCCCCACCUUCUUACCAGUCAUGCAAUUUGGGGGCCAGCAUCCUGGUGGUAUGGGAGUUCCUGCUGUUGGCAUGGCAUUCCCUGGAUAUGUUGCUAAUCCUCAGCUUGGUUUGGGAAAAUCAGAAAUGACAUGGCUACCAGUCUUGGCUGGUGCUGCUGGAGCUUUAGGUGCUCAAUACUGUUCACCAUACCUUGCUGUUGACGGUGCUUAUGGUCGACAACCGGGACAGACCUCUGCAAUUGAUAAUUCAAGCAAGGAAAAUGUGAAUAAAGCUAAUAAUGAAUUGAAGCCACCACAAAAAACUGAGCUGGUAAAUGACGAGUAUGGACAACGACAGAAUAAACCUCGCAGAUAUUCGGAGAUGAAUUUUGGUCAGUGAGGUUUUAUAUAGGAUGCAGCUUAUUUGAAAUAAGCAGAUAAAGGCCUUACUCUAGGCCCUUUGUUCUCCAGCUUCUGAUCUGGAGCACUUUGGGCUGCAAUAAAUUUCAAGACAUUCUAGUUAUAUAACACCUGCUCAUGCUGUUCCACAUUCCUGAAGUUUCUGCAGUUUGACGGGUGGUAGUUGCUUGUUUAAUUGUGCGGUUUUUCUUGCUUGUUUGGUUUUCUAAUGAAGCUUGUGAGAAACUAGUCAGGCUUUUCGUGAACUAUGGAUAUAGAGAAAAAAAAUAUAUGAUAAUGAUUGUGAAGCAGCUGAUUGCAUCAUGGAGAUACAAAAUUUUCUCAUGUAAAUGGUUACCUUUGUUCCAUCUUGUCACCUUUGUGCUUUGGUUAUAAGACUAUAUAAGCUUACCUCUACAGUGACUAAAGCUUUUAUGACAAUUUUAAUCAAUGCAUCGUUUUUCCAUCAUUUUUAUCUGAAUUGAUUUGAGUUUC